AUGCAACGACUUCGAAUGCGAAAACUGCUCCGGCCGUUGCUGCUGGCAUGUGUGAUUGCAGGCCUCUUGCUGUGGUUUGUGCCUCUGGACUCGGGCGUCCGUCUGUCCAGCUUGAAGCAAUCGGUCGAGGAGACUCCUGUGCCGGAACACCCUGGAAAGCCCUCUGAAGAAGAAAAUGAGAAGAAGAAGGAACCCAAUGUGCCCGACAUGAAUGUGGGAGCCAACGCCCGGCUCAAGGGCGGCGCGCCUCCUCAGUUGGCCGACUCCUACACCCCCAAGGACGGGACCAUUGAGCUGAUUUCUCCUAUUGGAGGCCAAUCUCGAAUUGGAGGAGUGGGAGCCAAGCUGCUGCCCAAGCCCAAGCAGAUCCCCCGAAAAGAAAAGUACCCCGUCAAGGACCCCUACAAGCUGCCGUCCAAGUCUACCAACCACUGGCUUCCCAAGAUCCAGGCCGCAGAGCACAGGGAGUGCAAAGACCGGAUGGAUCGACUCAAGGAGGUCAAGACCGUCAUGGACCAGACGUGGCAGCGGUACAAGCAAUUUGGAUUUGGCCACGACGAGAUCCAUCCCAUUACUGGUGAGGCCCGAGAUCCCUUUCUCGGAUGGGCUGCCACUCUUGUGGACGCUCUGGACACUCUGUGGAUCAUGGACAUGAAGGACGAGUUCAAGCUGGCUGCAGACAGGGUGGCCGAAAUCGACUUUACUCGGUCUGGUCGAGACGUGAUUCCCGUAUUUGAAACUACUAUCCGAUACCUUGGUGGUCUUCUGUCUGCCUACGACCUCUCUGGUGACAAAAGACUCUACUACAAGGCUAUUGAGCUGGGUGAUAACCUCAUUGGUGCGUUUGAUACACCCAACCGAAUGCCUCUUCUGUACUACAGAUGGGAAGAUAAGAGCACCAACACUCGUCGACGACCUGCCCAGGGAGCUAUUGUUGCUGAGCUUGGUUCCAUGACCAUCGAGUUUACCCGCCUCGCUCAGCUGACUGGAAAUAACACUUAUUUUGAUGCUGUUCACCGAAUCACAAAGGAGUUUGAGAAGGCCGCUGACCAGCAGGUGAUUCCUGGCCUGUUCCCUGCUCUGGUUGACAUUUCUGGCUGUGAUCUGACACAACCCGGUGAGGAGACCGACCCUAUGGUCCAGCUCCCCGUGGCCUUUGCUUCUCCUCAGCGAUGCAAAAAGAAGGGUAUUACUCCCAUGACUGCACAUGCUGGAGUUGAACAGACUGUAUCUUUCGGAGGCCGAAUCGACUCACUCUACGAGUAUUAUAUCAAGGAGUACAUUCUUCUGGGCGGUGCCGACGACACGUACAAGAACAUGUACAUCCAGUCUGCAGACCAAGGAGCCAAAAUGCUGCUCUACAAGCCCAACACCACCUCCUCAGAGGAGAUCCUCUUCUCUGGAGACCUCCAUAUUAACCCUGCCAAUCUUCAGGACAUUGUCUUCUCUCCUACCAUGGCUCACUUGUCCUGUUUCCUGGGAGGCAUGUAUGCUAUGGGGGGCAAGGUUUUGGAGCGACCAAAGGACGUGGAGAUUGGCAAACGGCUUGCUCAGGGCUGUGUCUGGGCCUAUGGCGCCACGGGAACUGGAGUCAUGCCCGAAGACCUGUCUGUGUCUCCAUGUGGGGACUCUGGGGAGGGCAUUGAUGAGACCUGUGAGUUUGAGGCGCCCAAGCUGACUCUGCACAAGUACCUGCUUGCCGGAGACGGUACCGUGGUCGACACUUCUGAAGAGGAAGAGGGCAAGGUCGUUGAGGAGAAGAUUGGUGGCCAGAAGCCAACCAUGGAGAAGUCGCCGUACUCGCUCCACGAGCUCGGUAUCGCCCCUCGAUCCAGACGAGAAAAGUACCCCCACAUUCGUCUGGAGCAGGUGGCCGACUUCACUCCUCUCAUCAAGCUUGACGAGGAUGAGCUCAAGAAGAUCCCCAAGAAGUUUGCAGGCCAGACGCACAGGUGGCGGCAGUCUGGAGUCUACGACUUGCCCCGAGACUUUGUCAAGGCUUCCCCUCACUACCUGAUGCGUCCCGAAGCCAUUGAGUCAGUCUAUUACCUCUAUCGAAUCACAGGCGACCCUGUUUGGCAGGAACGCGGCUGGGAGAUGUUCCGAUCAGUGGUUAACCUUUGUUGGGCUGGUCAUGGAGCCUAUGCUGCCAUCAGGGACGUUACUGAUUGGCGAAUGGACUCUAAUCGGUUCUAUGACGAGCAGGAGUCUUUCUGGGUGGGUGAGACCUUGAAGUACUACUACCUGCUGUUUGCCGACUCGGACGUUAUCUCCCUAGACGAGUGGGUUUUCAAUACGGAGGCUCAUCCUGUUAAGAGACAGUAG